AUGACUGAAGAAAAAACAACUCAACCCGAUGUGAAAGAAGACCUUAAACAAGACGAAACUGCUCAGCAAAAAGUUGAGACGCAACAAGAAAAAGUCGAGAUAAAACUGAGCGACACCCCAAUUGAAAAACAAGAAGUCAAAAGUGAUGUGAAGUUAGAAGCGUCACCAAAGCCUCAACCGCCUUCUGAUGGGAAAGUCAUUUUAAGGUUUAAAGGAAUUAAUAUUCCUGGUGGAAAAGGUCUUGGGAAAGGUUAUAAAAUGUCGAAAGACAAAACUGUUGAUCAUAUCAUAGUAUUCAUCACCAAACAAUUGCGUGACACAACUACAACUUAUAGAGUGUAUUUCAACAACUGUUUGCUGAGUCCCGACGAUUCAAUCAGUGAUAUCUUGCGUGAGUUCCAAAUCACAAAGUCUGAGCUUGAACUCACUUUCUCUCCCAUCGACAAUGUCUUUGGUUAA